AUGAGUGUUCGUGUACGCGUCCCGACACCGCUGAGGAAAUUCACCGAGGGAUCGGAUGAGGUGGAUGCCAACGGCGAUACCGUUUCGGCCAUGCUCGAGGAUCUGGAGCAAAACCACCCGGGCAUCAAAGAGCGCAUCAUGGACGACGCCGGCAAGGUUCGCCGGUUCGUGAACGUCUAUGUGAACGGCGAUGACAUUCGCUUCCUCAAGAACGUGGACACCACGUUGAAGGACGGUGACAACAUAUCCAUCGUGCCGGCUAUCGCGGGAGGUAUGUAA